UUUUUAAAUCGUAAGCUUUAUCGAUUAUUAUAAAAUUGUUACUUGUGCGUACAAUUUUUGUGUUUUUGUAAGUAUCAGAAAACAAGUCACAUAUAUUCUUAUAGACUGUCUUCAAAAUUUUGUGUAUAAAAAAAUAAAAUUUCAAAUGUGACAUUUAAACUAGGUUAGCUGUCACGAGAGAUCAAUUCGGUGGUUUUAGGGGAAAAUAUAAAUAAAACUAGUUAUUUUUUUUCUUUUCGUGUAUCUCCAUCUAGUGUUUGGCCAACAUAUUAUGGCAAUUAACCUUGAUGCUUGCAAUUGUAACUUUUGAAUAAUUUUUGACACAGUAGUAAUAAAAAAUACAUUUUUUCGUUAUUAUUUUUGUCUAUUUUUCCCCUUUUUAUUAUUUCAAAUUUUUUUCUGUACUAUUUUCAAACGUCAUGAUUCAGUCCAAUAAUGGUCGAACAGUGUUGUAUCUCAGCCUCAAACGUCAAACGGUCAAACGUCUAUUUUUGAUGUCAAAUGAUAUUUUAAUCAAACAUUUAAAAAUACGGCUUUUGUGAAAACAGAAAAUAACAUUUAUAACAAAUUUUUUUGACUACAUACAGGUAUGGUAGUGAUGGUUGUUACUGUUAAGGAAAUAUGUGAUAAUGUUACUCUGGCACGAGAAAUGGCAAUGCUUGGAAAUUAUGAAAGUGCUGAGGUUUAUUAUGAAGGCUCCAUUCAGAUGAUUAGCAGAUUAAUUCUUAUGAUACCAGAACCGUUGAGAAAAAACAAGUGGCAACAAGUCCAAAAGAAAGUUGCGUCAGAAUACAAUGAGAUUAAAGUGUUGAAGUCAAUGUUACAAACACUGCGUUUGGAAACAAAUGUUGAAGUUCCUAUAGGGGCAAGGAGGUUGAGAGAUGAGCCAGUACAUGAUAGCCUUGAUCUCCAAGAAGAUACUUUUGGAGCUCCACAUGACCCUGAUGUUUGGCCUCCACCAACUCCUGUAGAUCACGGCUACAUGCAGAGGAACAGUUUCUCAAAACCUAGAUUGUCAAAUUUGAAAAAACCUGAACCUAAAAAGGGAGCUUCUAGAGCAAGUUCUUCUAAUACUACUAGAAGAUCAGAUGUUCGAUCUAUCAAAACGGGGAAGAAAGAAGAUAGACCUUCAUCAUCCAAAUCAGAAAGGAAUCCAGAAGGAAAAGCAGACAAGGAAAAAGAUGUAGAUAGUAAUGAAAAAAAUGAUAAGGCCGAGACUGAAGAAGAGAAGAAAUUUGAGUGUCAUGGAAUGGAAAGGGAAUUAGCGGAUGUUUUGGAACGAGAUAUUGUCCAAAAAAAUCCUAACAUUCAUUGGGACGACAUUGCUGAUUUGCAUGAAGCUAAAAGAUUGCUGGAAGAAGCUGUAGUUCUUCCAAUGUGGAUGCCGGAAUUUUUUAAAGGUAUAAGAAGGCCUUGGAAAGGUGUUCUUAUGGUGGGUCCACCAGGUACUGGGAAAACGAUGUUGGCUAAAGCAGUAGCUACAGAGUGCGGUACGACAUUCUUUAAUGUGUCUUCAUCUACACUCACGUCAAAAUAUAGAGGUGAAUCAGAAAAAAUGGUUAGACUUUUGUUUGAAAUGGCUAGGUUUUACGCUCCAAGUACGAUAUUUAUUGAUGAAAUAGACUCCCUCUGUUCUCGCAGAGGAUCAGAAUCUGAGCAUGAAGCAUCAAGACGCGUCAAGUCUGAACUCUUGGUACAGAUGGAUGGCAUUACUGCAAAUAAUGAUGAACCAGGAAAGGUUGUUAUGGUACUUGCUGCUACUAAUUUUCCGUGGGAUAUAGAUGAGGCUCUUCGCCGACGUUUAGAAAAACGUAUAUAUAUUCCAUUACCAACUCAAGAAGGUCGUGAAGCAUUACUUAAAAUUAAUUUGCGAGAAGUGAAAUUGGAUCCUGAUGUAAAUUUAAGUGAGAUUGCGGAAAAAUUGGACGGCUUUUCUGGUGCUGAUAUAACAAAUGUGUGUAGAGACGCAUCUAUGAUGUCUAUGAGGCGUAAAAUUUAUGGCUUAAAACCUGAUCAGAUCAAACAGCUGCCUAAAGAAGAACUUGACUUGCCUGUUACGAAUAGAGAUUUUGAGGAGGCGUUACUUAAAAAUAAUAAAAGCGUUUCAAAAGAUGAUUUGGACAAGUAUGAGAAGUGGAUGAAUGAAUUUGGAUCAUCAUGAUAGCUCUAUUAAUGAACACAGUUUUAACCAUUGUUGUGUGAUAUUAUAAUGCUUUAUAGUUUAUACUUACUUAAAUUUCAUGUUUACAGUUAUUUAAUAAUACUUUAUUCUUAUCAAAAUUUUAUUGUUAGUGUUGAAUAAUUGUUAAUUUUAAUGUAAUACAUUGCUACAAAAUUUUGCACUUUCUAGUAUUGUAAAAUGCCAUUUUGUCAUGAAUUUUUUUAUGUUUAUCCUAAAUCUUUUUUUUAUCUGGUUAAUAGUCAUUUAUGUCUUAUUACAUUAUCAUGCCUGACUCUUUAACAACUAAUUAAAGUAAUGCCAUAAUCUUGUGGGUUCAAUUAUUUCUCUAUUCUCUAAAAUAUUCUACUCUAGAGACAGUGUAAUGUAACAUUUAAACAUUUUUUUGACUAUAAAUUAACAAAAUAAAUAAUACA